AUGGAAGAUAAUUGUGAAGAACUUGUAAAUUUAACACCGAUGCGAGUGCGGCGUGAUAGCGUACAGUCAACUAUUGCUGAUUACUUGGCACAUGAAGCGAGACGUUGCUCACAGUCGGAUCAUUUGGAAUCCGAUGGUAUAAUCGGUGAAGUUAAUGUAUCGGCAUUUUUCGAACCAUCGGGCACUUCUGCAUCAGCUGCUGGAGAAACCACUGAUAACUUUGAAUUUAAUGAACCAUUAGAACGAUUUAUGCGUAAUGAAAUUGCCUAUAAUGAGUUCAUGCAAAUGACAGGUGGUGUUGGAUUGGAUGAAGAAGAAGCAGGUUACGAUGUUAAUGAAGGUGUUGUUGCGUAUAAGAAAAGAUCACGAACGCAACUUGCUUCGCAAGACCAAAGUGUUGAGAUUGAAGCUGAAAAGGAAUCAUCGCCUGAUGUAUACGAUGAUUUUGCUGAAUCUGGAGAAAUACCAAGUACAUCGUUCAUCAUUGAAUCACCGAUCUCAAAAAUAGCACCACACGAACGUUCUUUGGAGGAAGUUGAUGAAGAUCGGUUACUGGGCAUACCACUUGAACUCAGAAACAGUGAAUCAUUUGGUGAAACAGCACCAGGGGCAAAAGUUGCUGGAUUUGGUGGUGAAAGGCGAAUGAAAACGAACAAGACAUUGGAUGCUUUGAUUGGUCAGGCAAAUGUUAUUUAUGCGAAAGGACAAACAAAAGAAGCUUUAACUAUGCUGUUAGAGGUAAUCAGACAAGAACCACGAAAUCCGGAACCAUAUCGGCAGGUAGCUGACAUCUACAACGAUCUUAAUCGGCCUCAAAAAUCUCUACAAUACGGUUUGUUGGCUGCUCAUUUGAACGGUAGUCGUACAUCUGCUGUAGAAUGGGCAGAUUUGGGUGAUUAUGCUUUAAAAUUGGAUAAAAACGAAGAAGCUGCCGCAUGUUAUGGACGAGCAAUACGAGCCGAUUCGUCCAAUCAUUUUUACUAUGAAAAAAGGAUUAAUGCACUUGAGAAAGUCGGACUUAAUGUUCUUGCAAUGCGAACACGAUUUAUGGCUAUGCAGUCAGUUGAUCGAGGACAAGUGGAUUUCGAGUGGUUUAGAAAUAUGAUAACAAUUGCUGCCGAUCACUAUAUUAAAAUGAAUGAUGAAGAAAAAGCAAUAGCAGCAUUAGAAACGUUUGUUCUUCGUAGUCGUGAAUAUAAUCGUGAUGCUACUGAGCAACAUAAAACUGUCGUUCGUUUACUGAUGAACAGCCAUCGUUUCGAGGAUGCAUCAAAGUCUGUCUUUGCUCUCUGUCCUGGAAUUACUGCUCUUGAUGAAAUGGGACGUUUUGCUGUUGAUAUUAAGUACAACAAUGCAAGUUAUACAGUGAGACCAUUUCCUCCAGAAAAAGUGCAUCGUUUUGUUGUUGGUGAAAGCUUACCAACAAUUUUUCUGGCACGGCUUGUUAUUUGUUUCAUUAGACUUGGUCGUAAAGAUCUGGCUCCGACUCUCGUAGACAAGCUUUUCGAAAGGGCUAUUGUACCGGAAGAUCAACAAGUCUAUUUGGACAUAGCACGUGCUUAUCAUGCUGUCGAUUGUGUAGCACAUGCCCAAAAAUACAUGGAACAUCUUUUGGCUCGUCCACAUUUUCUGGAUGUUGCUGAAGCGUGGUACCUUUACGGUCUCUUUCUUUCCAUUCGUAAGAAAUAUGAAGAAGCAUGUGAAGCUUAUCAGCAUGCACUGGAUCUUCAGCCGUCACAUGUUGACGCACGUAUCAAUUAUUCGUCAAUUCAGCAGCGUUUGGGUAUGGUUGAUGAAGCAUUUGAAACUUUGCGUGAGUAUGAUGAAAGAUUGUUGGUGCGUCAGGCUGAUUUCUUAUUUGAGCGGAAACGAAUGGAUGAAUUUGCUCGUUGUGUUCGAAUGUUACUUGCUCCUCAUUUUUACGAAAUUUACUUAAACAAUAUGGCUUUAUUGAAGAGGAGGUUACCAGCGAGCGAACGAGGAACUGUUUACCAUGGUAUUCGCGUACAAGCAUUUAAUGCAGUGCGUGGCUCAGCAUUCGAAAAAUACGUGAAACGUGUUGGACAACUUGCAGCAGCAGAAGAGCGUGCACCAAGCGAGAUUACUGGUACACAGCUUCAUGAUUAUUGCUUCAAGUUAUUGGAAACAUUGCUGCAGCAAAAAAGAUGCUUGGAUGCGUUACAUGUCUGUUGUUUUGCUUACUUACAACCGCUCAUCAGCAAAAGUGUUAAAACUUUGGAAACGUUCCAGAAUCUUUUGCUGUACUGCUCAUUACGAGCACAUGUUUGGCCACUUGCAUUCGAAUAUCUUCGAUGGUUUCAUACACUUUCUGUGAACAAUAAUGCGCUCUUGUCACCAUCAGAUCGUGAUCUAUUAUUCACUCGUAUUUUCAAUGCAAUGAAUUUUGUUUUCUGUCAUUCUCAAAAUGUUAGCUAUCAUCGAUACAUAAUGAGAGCACUAUCACGUACCUCAGGGAGUUUAGCGCUUCAAAUGAUUUCAGGAAAUAAUUCCUUAAUUACUGGUGCAUAUCGUCAUGCUCUUGGUGAAUAUUUACAUGUUUGGGUUCAAAUUCCUGAUAAUCCACUUGUUUGUAUGCUCAUCGGUCUUACAUUUAUUCACAUGUCCUGCAAAAAAGAUAUAUUUAGUCGCCAUAUGGUGGCUCUUAGAGGUCUAGCAUUCAUGAAUCGUUAUCAAAAAUUACGCGGUGACAAUCAGGAAACAUACUACAACAUUGGACGCAUGUUUCACCAAAUGAACAUUCUGCCUUUGGCUAUGCAUUUUUACGAAAAAUGUUUGAAGGCUAAUAUUCCGAAAAUUGUGAUAACAGAUAAAGCCACUGGUAAGGAAUAUGCAGUGGAAGCUAAAGAAUAUAAUCUUCGACCUAUGGCUGCGCAUAAUUUGGCAUUGAUCUAUUUGGCGAGUGGUAAUCAUUAUGUUGCGAGGAAUUUAUUAGAAAGAUAUUGCUGCGUGGAAUGA